UAAUGGCAACUGCUUAUAUGGUAACAUUUUUAGUGUCUUCGACUCUCCUAGGAAAAUGUCUGCUUUCGAAAGACUUGAAAAUAAAUUACUAGCUAUUAAUUGAUAGUUUUAUUGAUAAUUGAUAAAAGUUUAAUAAAUAACAGAAACUUUGAAAAUGGAACACAAUCGGACCGAUUGCUAGUUUAAGUGUUAAGUGCAAGUGUUCAGGACAUGAUCCGUUUUGUAUUAACCUGAUUGUGUCAGUGAAUAACAAUGUCCGACGAGGAAGAUUCAUCCCCCGACUGGGCGUUGGCCCCGACCAACAACAUACCAGUUCUAGGUAUAAAGCGUCUGAAGCAGAUAGAGACCAUGUUCAUAUCCCGCCGACUCCAGGGACCUCGUCCCCAGGGUCUGAGCGUGGAGACGCUCCUGGAUAUGCUGUUAGUUCUGUACGAUGAGUGCUGUAAUAGCAGCCUCAGGAGGGAGAAGGCAAUCGCUGACUUCAUACAAUACGUGAAGCCAGUCGCCACAGCUCUGAAGCGUCUCCGUCUGUCCCGGGAUGACUUUGAGCUGGUGAAGGUUAUCGGUAGGGGGGCCUUCGGGGAGGUGUGCGUGGUUAGAGCUAGCUUCAUGCAGGGCAGCGAGCCGGGUGCUAACAGUGCUGCAGCCUCGACCAGCAGUGACCGCGUCUACGCUAUGAAGAUACUCAACAAGUGGGAGAUGUUAAAGCGAGCUGAUACAGCGUGCUUCCAAGAAGAGAGAGACGUCCUCGUGUUCGGUGACAGGAGGUGGAUCACCAACCUACACUACGCCUUCCAAGACGAACAUAACCUGUACCUGGUGAUGGAUUACUACUGCGGCGGUGACCUCUUGACCCUGCUGUCCAAGUUCGAAGAUCGACUUCCUGAAGAUAUGGCGCGGUUCUACUUAGCCGAGAUGGUGCUAGCCGUGCACAGCGUGCACGAGCUGAAAUACGUGCAUCGUGACAUCAAACCUGACAAUGUUCUAUUGGACGCGAGCGGUCACAUACGACUCGCGGACUUUGGAUCCUGUCUGAGGCUAGGGGACGAUGGAAAGGUUCAAAGUAACGUAGCUGUCGGCACACCGGAUUACAUAUCACCCGAGAUACUGAGGGCCAUGGAAGACGGUCAGGGUCGAUACGGCCCCGAGUGCGACUGGUGGUCCUUGGGUGUGUGUAUGUACGAGAUGCUGUUCGGCGAGACUCCGUUCUACGCGGAGUCGCUGGUGGAGACGUACGGCAAGAUCAUGAACCACGCCCGCUGCUUCCACUGCCCGCCGCCCGACGAGCUGGCGCCCCAGGUCUCGGAGGAAGCGAAGGAUCUCAUUCGCAGAUUGAUAUGUUCGUCAGAGACUCGUUUGGGAAGAAAUGGCUUACAAGAUUUCAAGAGUCACCCAUGGUUCGCGGGGUUGGAGUGGGAGAACGUGAGAGAGAUGGCAGCACCAUUCGUACCGGACGUGUCCAGUCCCACUGAUACAUCCAACUUUGAUGUGGACGAUACUGACAUACGGUUAUCCGAGGCUGUGCCCCCGCCCCGUGCAUCGGGCGCCUUCUCUGGUCUCCACCUGCCGUUUGUAGGCUUCACAUUCACUGGAGGUUCGAGACUGUGUGACCUCGGCCCGCCGACACCUCUCAGUCCAGCCAAGAACGCCACCAAACAGGCGCCGUCAAACGCCAGCGAUCGUGCAGCGCUUGCAGCGCUUGAACGCGAGAACGCUUUGUUAGCACACACGCUGGCCGACCUUCGUGCAGCAGCUGGACAAGAAGAAUCGACAGCACUCGCAGAAGAAAUAGAAGCUCUGAAAAAGAGGAAUUGUGAAUUGGAAGCGCAGUUGAAGAGAUUCGAACAAGUGAACGCUUCUAUAGGAACACAGGAGAUCUCGUCAUCACCUCAAGAACUGGCAGCCAGGGUCAAGGAUCUGGAGGUCCUUGUGAACGCUCUGAACAUAGAGAAGGAAGAACUGAUAAAAGAUAAGAACGACACCGUAGAAAAACUCAUGUUACAGGAUAAGGAAUUGAAAGACGCUGUCAGUCAACGCAAGCUGGCUAUGGCGGAGUACAACGAGGUGACAGACAAGCUGGCCGAGCUGAGGCAACAGAAACAAAAACUAUCUAGACAGGUCCGUGACAAAGAGGAAGAGUUGGAGGUGGCGAUGUCCAAAAUUGACGCUCUGCGGCAGGACAUACGGAGAGCUGAGAAAUCCAGGAGAGAUUUAGAGGCGAGGCUAGAUACAGCGUUGAAUGAAGCCGCCAAGGAAAGAAAAGUCCGUGAAGAGAGUGUUCGUCUGGCGAGGGUCGAGGAGACAGGAGUGUCACCAGCACAAGACGUGGCCAGGCUACAGGCGGAUAUAGAGGCGCUGGAGGCUCAAUAUUCGGAGUCGCUCUCCCAACAGCAGGCCAGGUAUGCGGCUGAGCUGGCGGCGCUCAGGGAACAGUUGCAUGAGGGAGACGCUCUCAGGAACAGGCUUAACAGGGAGCUGCAGACGUCCAAAGAUAAGUUGGAGAGUCGCAGGAUGGAACAACUGAACGACAGUGAGGACAAACAGAUGUUGAUCAACGAGAACAGGAAAAUGGCCAAGGACCUGGACGCUAUGGCGGAGAACGGUCGGCGGUGGCAGGCGGAGAGACGAGCUAUGGAACACGAGCUGGAGGAGCUCAGGUCCAAGAGAGAUUCCAUGCAGCAUUGGGAGACUCAGAUUGCUGAUAUAAUAAGAUGGGUGUCUGAUGAGAAGGAGGCUCGGGGCUACCUGCAGGCCCUCGCUACCAAGAUGACAGACGAGUUAGACUACCUCAAACACGCGAGUGCCCCCCGUCCGACCGCAUCCCCUCCCGCCGCGCCCCCGCCCCCCGGAGCCGGCUGGAGGAACAGACGCUCGCAGAAACUGGACAAGAUGGAGAUACUGACUCUACAGUCAUCACUACACUCAGAGAUACAGGCCAAGCAGGCUGUGGGAGAGGAGCUCAGUAGGACCAGGGCCGAACUGCUAGCUAGUCAGAGAGAGCUGUUGGAGACCAGGCAGCGUUUGGACUCGCUGGCUCAUGACAUGAAGCGGAAGGAACAACACAUCAGGGACAUGCAGGCUAAGUUGGACACGCCGCACCAGGGGAACUCCUCCAGGCAAGGUUCCGCCAAGUCUUCCAGCUACUGGAGCGGUAAAGAAGACAAUGUUUUGGAUCGUCCGCCGUCACAGAUGAGCUAUUUGGAGCAGUUCCUCAAGGACGCGCCCCAGGAACGACAUUACGACAAUGUGGCCUCUAUGAACAACGAGCAGAAGAUGUCGCCGCCGUACCGUUAUAGGAAUGUUCAGCAUUGUUGUAACGCUAAGCUGCUGUACGGCUCCCAGCAAUCUACGGUAUUGUCGGGGUCGGUGGAGUCCCCUGACGAGUUGGGGCCUCGCCCCGCCUCGCCGGCCUCCUGCAAGAGCUCACCCAGCGACAUGUCCACCUACACCGUGCAGGAGCCGGCGGGCGGCAAGCAGAAGGUGCACCAGUUCCUCAUGAGGAGCUUCAGCAGCCCCACCAAGUGUAACCACUGCACCUCCCUCAUGAUCGGGCUGACUCGUCAGGGCGUGGUGUGCGAGACGUGCGGGCUGGCCGUCCACACGAGGUGCUGCGGCCGGGUGGCGGCGCGCUGUCCCCUGCCGCCCGAGCGCUCCAGGAGACCGCUGGGCAUCGACCCCGCAAGGGGACAGGGGACGGCCUACGAGGGAUACGUCAAGGUGCCUAAGCCCGGCGGGGUCAAGAAGGGUUGGAUGCGCCAGUUCGUAGUGGUCUGUGACUUCAAACUAUUCCUCUACGACAUAUCUCAGGACAGGAACGCGGUGCCCUCAGUGUGUGUGAGCCAGGUCCUCGACAUGCGCGACCCUGAGUUCAGCGUGACCUCCGUCAAAGAUUCGGAUGUCAUACACGCCAGUAAACGAGACAUACCCUGCAUAUUUAGGAUAUCAACAUCCCAGCUGGAGGGGGAUCGUCGAUACCACACGCUGAUGUUGGCUGAAUCUGACUCGGAAAAGACCAAGUGGGUGGUCGCCCUCAGCGAACUGCACCGGAUACUCAAGAAGAACAAUCUGCCUGACAAAUGUGUGUAUGCUGCAGCGUCCCUGGCUGCUGGUGGCGGUUCAUGUUCGUUGGGCGCGGUCCGCGGCGCUUCGUGUGCGGCGCCGCUAGAGGGCGCUCGUCUAGUGCUGGGAGGAGACUUCGGUCUUGCCCUGCUGGACUUGGAGCGAGCUGAACUGGUGCCCAGGAGACAGCACGCGCCCGUACACACGCUGAGAUACGUCAUGGAAGAACAACUACUAGUGGUGAUAUCUGGCCGCGGUCGCAAUGUCCGGUUGGUGCCUCUGAGGGCGCUGGAGUGCCCCGAGGCGGAGAGCGUCAAGCUGUCCGAGGCCAAGGGAGCGGUGGACCUCGCCGUGGGGGAACUGCACACAGGGGUCUACGGGUUCGCUGUGGUCUGCAAGCGACAGAACUCGUGGGUGGUGAUCGUGUACGAGAUCACCCGCACCGCGGCCCGGCGCUGUCGCGUGUCCGAGCUGAGAGCCCCCGCGCCUGUACUGAGCGUGCAGCUGGUCAGGGGUCGACUUGUGCUGGGCUACCGAGGGGCGAUCGUCGCCCACACGCUGCAUCCACACCCACACCCCGCCGUCUCGCUGGUGCACCCUGAGAACCAGGUGGGCGUGUUCCUGUCCAACUCGGGCGCGCGGCCGCUGUGCGCGCGGCCGGCGGGCGGCGACUGGCUGCUCGUGUUCACGGCCCUGGCGCUGUACGUGGACCGAGCGGGCCUCCGCGCCCGGGACACCGAGCUCAUGUACACGGCGCACCCGCAGCACUACGCCAUCAACGACACGCACCUGUUAAUCUUCACGACGUCUCACAUAGACGUGUACGAGAUCGAGUCCGGCGACUGGGUGCAGACUAUCAAUUUACCCAACGCCCGGCCCUUGGACGAGUGCGGGUGGAUCGUGUUGGUCUGUGGCGGCGGGCCCUCGGGCGCCUUUCCCUUCAACACGGACGCCGCGCCCUACCUGGUGUACCUCAGGCCCCUGCUCGGAGGCGGACCUCUGAACCUGGAUCACUCGUGGUACGGAACCAACAAGAGGCGGUUCUCAGUCAGGGAACAAUCACACCAGGCUAUCGAGGCCCACAACAGACUGUCCGAGCGCCGUUCGCGUCUCAUAUCAGCUCCCAGCAACUUCGCCCACGUGUCCCAUAUGGGUCCCGGGGACGGCAUCCGCUCACAGAGGCUACUCGACCUGCCCACCACCCUGGAGACGGCCGACACGCACCAGAUGUUCGGCAGCCGCGAGAGCAGCAAGCGGACCUCCCCGCUCACCAUAUCCCAUCCCGCGGGGUCGUACAACGGUUCGUGGCGCACCCGGGCUCCGACGGAAGCUCCGCCCUCGCCGCCUCACAGGAUGGACAGGUCGGUGGGUGGAGGCUCGUGCGGUAGUGGCUCGGCCCUGGAGCGCUGCCUCACCCCGCUCAGCCUGGGCAGCAUGAGCUCGCUCCACGACGUGCUCAAGGUCGGGACGGAGCCGGAGCCCCACUCGGAGGACAGCGGCGGCGCUUCGCCCCCCAGACGCGAGCCCUGACGGUCGACGAGAUGAGCUCUGACAGACGAACACACGCCGCCAUCUAUAUCGAGAUAGCUUAGACAUGACAAGUCUAUCGCGGAGGCUGAAUCUAAUCUACGAAUGUAAAUUCUUCCACAGUUUGCGUUUUUUCAUAUGUAUACAGCGGAUCUUCCUUUUAUAAUCGACUCGCUCAUGGCCGAGGUCUUUGAAAAUUUGGUUCCUAUAUGUAAAGUAUGUCACCGCUCGGACACACACCUUCCAUAUGAUAAUAAUAUUAUGUAGUGACCCCAGUGGCUUUACGGUCAAUUAGUAUUAUAUAUUAAUAUAUAUAUUAUAUAAGUAGGUUUGUUUAUCCUUGUACAUAGGACGCCGGCCGACUCGCCUGCGGUUCUCGCUGAACCAUUUUAUAAUGAACUCUCGAAUCUGUAUUUCACUUUUAUCUCUGUAAGUCGCUCGCGUCGACGUAAAUUAUUGCAAAAUUAUUUUAGCUAAUUUUUUUUUUAUAUGUAUUCUGUUGAAUAAUCUCGUGUUUAAAUCUCAGUAAAUAGAUUUUUACUUAUAUUGAAAUGUAUGUAGUUUAAGGAUUUUUAAAUUAUUUAUUGAGCUUCGCCUUAACCGACCGCCAUUUUUUUCGACCGUUUUCGCACCGCCGAAUAUUUUUUAUUUAUUAAUAUGUGAUUAAUAUUAUUUAAAAUGUAGUGUAUUGUUAUAGCUCGAAUCGAAGUUGAUUUCCUAGGUACAAGUAGUUGUGAGCGCAGGGUUGCCGGAUGCUUAUAAUUUAUUCAACGAAAAAGGCUGUUUUAGAUAUGAACUCGAUCCCAUUACGGCAACCCUACUGUAAUUAACGGUACCACGACCACUGCCAGUAAAGGAAAUACGCAUCUCGGUUUAUACUGGACUUGUGUUGUUUACUUAUAGCGACCAGUGUAAGCCGAGCCCCGACCGUCACGACCAAUUUUGAAACCGAUUCUUCCGAUUUGUUUAAACUAUAAUUAUAUGAGAUUACAAGCGCGUGUAAUUUACAUUACUUGUAGAGUACCCGCGCUGCUGAGGUAACCGUGUUUUUAAUAUAAGCGUUUUUUUAAUUUCACCGAAAUCUCAUCAUUGUGACAUUAAUGUAGGUAGUUUGUAAUUUUUUUUAACAAUCUAGUCUUUUGUUUGUUUAUUUUUUUUAAUUAUUUUUUUUGUGAACACGACAAUUUACUCUUAUCGUUUAGUUUAAGUUUAAAUGUACGGAUAAUGUUAGUUGUGUGAUGUAUACACAUGCGCACGAGGCGCGUCCAAAGAUGCUUUGUAAGAAUGAAAAUAUGACAGUUUUGUAUUGAAGGAAUGUUUUCUAAAUUAAAUGUAUUAUGUUUUAAUGUAAAAUAUGUAACUCGAGCUGAACGUGAGCUGAUGUUGUGAGAUGUGUUUGGUUUCAGUUGAGACGGAUGGUUGGGAUGCGCUCAGGAGGACGGGGUCUCAUGAGCUGUUUGUAGAAACGCGAUGGAAUGAACUUGAGAUGAGAUAUGUUAGGGUUUUAAGCGUUAUAAGGAUCUCACAGUAAACAUUAUGAAUUUCAUCGAAGUGUAUUAGAAGAUAUAUAUAUUCCUUAAUAUACUUUUAUUAAUCUUGAAAAUAAAACUAUUUGGUAUUCGUAAUGAAAACGUUAAUACACACACACACACACACACACAUAUAUAUAUAUAUAUAUAAAUAUAAUGUGUGUGUGUGUGUGUGUUAACCUCCAGGAGCGCAUCCCGAAAGUUGUCUUUUGAAUCCGAUCAGUUCAGUAUGUUGUAUGAAAUUUUUAUAAUCUUUCAAUUUUAUAUACAUUGUAUACCGCUUCCUUACCGAGGCCGACACGCGACAUCUCUUAUGACCCAUUCGGUGUUGGACCUCCUAUAUAUAUGGAUUUAUUACUCGUAGCACUCAUUAGUACUUAACAGCGCCGUCGCCGGGUCCGCGCCGCGCGACGCUGGACCCUAUCCCCUGACAAUAAGGUUCUAAAGGUCGCUUCCAGUUCGCCGUUUCCGUUGGACACAUUAUAUGUCGAAUUGUUCAUACGCUUAAAUAAAUGUAUAAAGUUCUGAAGUAUUAUAUACCAGUGACGUCACCGACUGUCCUCAGCUGUGUAAUAAGUUAUUGAACUACGAUACGAGUACGUCAUUACUUCGUGUAAAUAUCUGAUUAAACGGAAAAUAAACUACC